UUCUCCUCCUGCUCUCCCUCUUCCGGGCUGCCAGGAGGCGGCGGCAGCGGCGGCGUGUGACCGGGAAAGCGCUCCGCGCCUGAGGGGAGAGAGAGAGAAGGUAGGCCUCAGCCGCCGCUAGGCCCAGCACAGGCCGCGCUCCCUCGUGGCCGCCGAAGCCCCCGAGAGACGCUUUGCAGGGAGGGGAAAGGGAGGGACGCGGCCUCUGAGCAUGUCCAGAGCGCCGCAGACUUAGGAAAUUAUUCUUAAUUUGCGCCUUUACGGCUUGGGGAGGGACGCGGCCUCUGAGCACGUGCAGAGAACCGCAGACUUAGGAAAUUAUUCUUAUUAUUUUGUACCCUUACGGCUUGGGGAGGGACGCGGCCUCUGAGCAUGUGCAGAGCACCUCUGACUUAGGAAAUUAUUCUUAUUAUUUUGUGCCCUUACAGCUCGGGGAGGAACGCGGCCUCUGAGCACGUCCAGAGCACAGCAAACUUAGGAAAUUAUUCUUGUUUUGCGCCCUUACGGCUUGGGAGGAACGCGGCCUCUGAGCAUGUGCAGAGCACCUCUGACUUAGGAAAUUAUUCUUAUUAUUUUGUGCCCUUACAGCUCGGGGAGGAACGCGGCCUCUGAGCACGUCCAGAGCACCGCUGACUUAGGAAAUUAUUCUUAUUAUUUUGUGCCCUUACGACUUGGGGAGGGACGCGGCCUCUGAGCAUGUGCAGAGCACCGCUGACUUAGGAAAUUAUUCUUAUUAUUUUGUGCCCUUACGACUUGGGAGGAACGCGGCCUCUGAGCACGUCCAGAGCACCGCUGACUUAGGAAAUUAUUCUUAUUAUUUUGUGCCCUUACGACUUGGGGAGGGACGCGGCCUCUGAGCACGUCCAGAGCGCCACGGGAUUCAUAAAUUAACCUUAUUUUGCACCCUUACAGCUCGGGGAGGAACGGGGCCUCUGAGCACGUCCAGAGCACAGCAAACUUAGGAAAUUAUUCUUAUUUUGCGCCCUUACGGCUUGGGAGGAACGCGGCCUCUGAGCAUGUCCAGAGCGCCACGGGCUUCAGAAAUUUUUCUUAUUUUAUGCCCUUACGGCCUGGGGAGGAACACUGCCUCUUGAGCACGUCCAGAGCACCACAGACUUAGGAAAUUAUUCUUAUUAUUUUGCGCCCUUACAGCUCGGGGAGUAAGGCGGCCUCUGAGCAUGUCCAGAGCACCACGGGCUUCAGAAAUUAUUCUUAUUUUGCGCCCUUACAGCUCGGGUAGGAACGCAGCUUCUGAGCAUGUCCAGAGUGCCCCGGACUUAGGAAAUUAUUCUUAUUACAGUAUUUUGCGCCCUUACGGCUCGGGGAAUUAUGCGGCCUCUGAGCAUGUCCAGAGUGCCACAGGUUUCAGAAAUUAUUCUUAUAUUGCGCCCUUACAGCUCUGCGUCCUUUGGGGGGGGACCGCCCACAGCGCUAUUUGGACCCCUGACGGUAAGUUGGUGGGUGGCACUCAAGACCCAAGGAGAUGGGGGGUAAAAAGGCAAUACUGUAAUGAAGCUGCCUACUUGGGCCCCCUGUCAUGGAUGCUUUAGUUGAAAUGCCUGCCUUGCUGCGGGUCAGACUAGAUGAUCCUUGCGGGUCCCUUCCAACUCUGUGAUUCGGUGACUAUAGCCGUGCCGAGCGUAGCAGCUUGGGAUUGAAAUAGGGAUGUGUUUUCCUGUGAAGUGGGCUGCAAUUGGGGAAUGGGUCUAGGAGACCACUGUAAGCAGAUGAAAACAUUAGCAGGAUUUUAACAAUACUUCUAACGUAGCGAAUAUCAUGGACAAUUUGGAAAGAUACAAAAUAGGCGUUAUGAAAUAAUAUGCAGUUGAGAGGGUGUACAAUAGGACCCAUGGAGUGGAAGGUGGGAAGUCAAGAUAUUUGGUGGAAUCUCGAAAUAUGGAUGUAAUUUGGAUUGCUAUAAACUUAAUACUUGCAAAGCCAAAUAAAAAUUACUGUAAAAAAAGAGAAGAAAUUGGGGGAUGGGGAAGGCUCCGAAAGUGAGCUUCAUGUGCCCACCACCAACAGGGAUGUGUUUUCCUGUGAAGUGGAACAGUAGGCAGUUGAUCGGGGCCAAGUCGGGACCAUGGAUCCACCUAGCUUUGUGUUUCCAGCUGUUUUUCAGACUACAACUCCCAUCAUCCCUUGCUAGCAAGACCAGUGGUCAGAGAUGAUGGGAGUUGUAGUCCGACAGCAGCUGGAGAGCCAAGUUUGAGAAACGAAGGGAAUGGAGAACCUGCAAGGCUCCAGAUGUUGGACUCUGGCUCCCUCCCAGCAUCCCUGUCAGUGGGGAGUUGGAGUCUGGCAACAUCUGGAGGGCCACAGCUUUCUGACCCCUAUCCUAGAUCAGGGGUUCCCAAGCUAUGGUCUGUUUCAUUCAGGUGGUCCAUGACUUUGCAGUUGAAGACAGGCAACAGCACAUCCAUGGCAUUAAAAACACAUAUUGGUUUUUAAUUGUUUUAUUUUUAUUGCUCGUUUUGUUUUGUUUUUUGCAUUGUAUUUUAUUGUGCUGCAGUUUGUGGAAUGCAAAUUGCAAUGCUAUAAAAUGCAAGAUAACUCUAAGGAGUAAAAGUAGCAAUCAAAAUACAAUAAAAAAACCCCUCACCCUGUGCAGUGCAGCUGCUGCAGCAAACAGAUGGAGAAAUUGUUAAGUGGUUUGCGAAGACCCUCGUUGAAGGAAAGAUGCUUUGAAGGAAAUAAAUCUUUAAACAUACUGUGGCUAGCCAGCUCCCUCUGGUGUUACUGUAAAAUACGCAUGCCCACCCACCAAAUCGUAAAAACUUGUUAUCUCAUUUGCUGCCAUAACUGCUUUGUGGCUCUGAUGGACUCCUUCCAUGUACUCUUCCUUUACAUUCCUAGAUCAAGGGAAAAAAAUAUUUUAUCAUCUGGCCUGCUAGGUGUAGUAGUAGUAGUAGGAGGAGGAGGAGAGAGCGCAUAUUCCAGGUGUGUCGAGCACCUUGAUCUUCAGUUUCAUAUGAAAGUUGGGAAACUACAUUCAGAUGAUAGGAAAACAGUGAGAUUAUAUGGGAAAUGAAUUCUGGGACCUUGAUGUCCUUUCCCAUUUAGAAUUGGCAUUAGGUUUGGUGGUGAGAUCCAGACAUAUGCUUACAAUAUAUAUGUCUGUGGCAUGGAUUAACCUUCAAACAAUAAUAAUAAUAAUUUUAUUACUUAUACCCUGCCAGUCUGGCCUGGUCUCCCCAGCCACUGUGGGCGGCUCCCAACAGAAUAUUAAAAACAUGAUAAAACAUCAGACAUUAAAAACUUCCCUAAACAGGGCUGCCUUCAGAUGUCUUCUAAAAGUUGUACACCAAUCUAUCCUGGUAGGGAUAGAUUUCUUGUACCUUGGGUAAGGUUCUCGGAGCUUGUUCAUUCUGUUUAAAAAAAAAUUCAACUACAUUUUCCAAAGGUGAUGGUACGACGCAUUUCAAGGGCCCCUUUAUCAUUUUGUAACAUGUCCAGCGAAAGAUGAAAAAUGCUAACUUUGUCCUUAUUGUCCUUCUCAGUCUAGUUCUUUUCUGAACGGAUAAUUGUGGUAGUUGAAGAAUAAAGCAACUCUGAAUCUCCAGGGUCCUCCUUAAUUAAGAUGACCGACUCCAGGCCUCUGCAGGGUGAAUCGCCUGUUGCUCAGCUUGAUGUGACCAUCUCAGCUUGUGAAGAUGGGGCAUUCCAAAAGAGAGGGCACAAAGCAAGAAUUCUUAGCCCCGCAGAAGCCGAAAAACUGGCCAAAGAACAGGUCUUAGUCUCUGACUUCAAACAACAGAAACUAGAGAAGGAAGCACAGAAGAACUGGGAUCUGUUUUACAAAAGGAACAGCACCAACUUUUUCAAGGACAGGCACUGGACAACAAGAGAGUUUGAAGAAUUAAAAGCAUGCCGUGAAGUGAGUGUCAUGCAUGCUAGAGCAUCAGAGGGAAAGCAAGAGCUACAGUAGAAAUGUGGGGUUUUUUUGUGAGCUGGAAAGCCCUAGCCAAUCUUUGUUCCAUCUUAAUUUAUGUAAAAAUUUGCAUGAAUGCAAUAGGUACAUAGAUGCACCUUGCUGUUUCCAUGAUGCUGCCCAGGCAGUUACUAUGGUAAAACCUGAUUUGGCAACUCCUCAGAUAUUUUUGCUGAUGCCAGUCGGUUACUUAGCAUGCAAAGGUCCUGCUCACAUAAACAGAACUUCCCAUUUCUGCGGAAAUUGUACAUUGCAGUCCUUUGCACAAAUGCUUCAUUCCGCUCCAAUGACCUCCUUGCUCUAGAUGGUUAUGGUGUAUUUUAUUUAAUCAGAAUUACAUAAUAUGUCAUCUAACAAAUCCUAGACAUUGUACAGUGGAGUCCCUGCAAUGAUUGCAGGAUAAGUCAGUAUUAGAAUUACUCCCCCCCCCCCCCCAAAAAAAAAAAAUCAGGACAAUAGUAUUCCAGAUGCCUCCAGAAUAGAUUAGUGAAUGACCUGGGAGGAUCUGAUGUUGACACUAAGUAGGGAUAAAUCUGGUUAGUGUUUCGAUGGGGGACUGCUGGGAAUCACAGUAUUACUGUAGGAGACAUAGCUGCCCAUUUUACCCCCACAGGGUGGUUUGGAACCUAAUUUGCUUGGAAGAUUGUAUCUGUUGGGCAAUGAAGACAGCAGGAUGAUGAUGAUGAUGAUGAUGAUUUUAUACCCUGCCCAUCUGGCUGGGUUUCCCCAGCCACGCUGGGCUGCUUACAGCAGAUAAAAUAUAUAAUGCAUCACAACAAAUGGCAAUCUGGGGGAAACCCAGAUUCCUGUUAGCUCCAACUGAGCACUAAAGAGCAGUUUUUCCCCCAGGAGGGUGACGGUAGCAGCAGAACAAGGGGAGGUGUGGAUAAGCCAGUCUGUAUAUACAUAUGUUUUGAUUGUGAAAUCGCUAUGCAUCAUACAGCUUAAAACAUAGUGAGAGAUGAUGUUCUUGUUGUGAUUAGUAGUAUUUAUAAUCUGCUCUUAAUUGAAUAUUUCAGUUACAGAGCAGGGGACAAUACUGCUCUGUAAACAAUAAAAAAUAUACAAAGUAAAUAUAACAAUGUGUAAAAAUUACAGAAUCUGUAAAAAUAGGUCCAGCGUAUAACAUAAACAAAUGACAAAAAUAAGCACUCUUAUUAAACAAACGACUUAAACAAAUGACAAAAAUAAGCACUCAUCACAAAAUAAGCACUCUCCCUUGGUCUGACACAUAAAGAGGGCCCACUCUGCACCAACAGACUCUUACUCCGUUGGCGUAUGAACAACUUAAUGCCUUUCACCCCUGCUCUCCAACCCAAACAGGCUGUCAUCCUGAAUAGCUGCCCGUAAGCAUCUGCAACAGGGACGCGGGUGGCGCUGUGGGUUAAACCACAGAGCCUAGGACUUGCCAAUCAGAAGGUCAGUGGUUCGAAUCCCCACAACGGGGUGAGCUCCCGUUGCUCGGUCCCUGCUCCUGCCAACCUAGCAGAUCGAAAGCAUGUCAAAGUGCAACUAGAUAAAUAGGUACCGCUCUGGCGGGAAGGUAAACGGCGUUUCCGUGCACUGCUCUGGUUCAUCAGGAGCGGCUUAGUCAUGCUGGCCAAAUGAUCCGGAAGCUGUACGCCAGCUCCCUUGGCCAAUAAAGCGAGAUGAGCGCCGCAACCCCAGAGUCGGCCAUGACUGGACCUAAUGGUCAGAGGUCCCUUUAAGCAUCAGCAACAGCAACCUUGUACCCUGUUUUUCUGCAGUAGCAACACAGCAAAAACCCACACACAAAAAUGAAGCACACAAAAGAGGAUUGUGCCCUCAUGGAGACCCCAAAGCGAAGACUACAAUGAAGAGAGGCGUCCCUUUCUUGGCUCUGUCUUUAUUGUAAACAAAUGAUUUCCAGGGUGAUAAAACUUAGCACUGCAACGUGAAUAAUAUGUGUGGACCUCCUUUCUGAAAACAUUGCAGCUUUUUAAUGAUGAAUUUUGCUCUGGAAAGAUAUAUCAAAUGCAAUUGUUUCUCUUCCAAACAGUUUGAGGAUCAGAAACUCACCAUCCUUGAAGCAGGCUGUGGUGUCGGGAAUUGUUUGUUUCCACUUUUAGAAGAGGAUUUGAAUAUCUUUGCUUAUGCCUGUGAUUUCUCUCCCCGAGCUGUGGAAUAUGUAAAGGUUGGUGAGAUGUUUGUCUUACUCUCCCCCCUCCCCCCCCCCCGCACAAUAAUGUUCUUUGAAAAGGGAAAAUAGUAUAUCCCUAUUUUUUAAAAGUGAAUGAUAAAAGAAAUGAAGAAAAAGAGGAGGAGGACAGAUUGUGCCAAAAAUUAGGGGUUCCUACAUAUGUUGUGUAGGGUUUACUACAUGGCUGUUCCCAAUUAUUAUUCAUUUACACAUUUGGUUAGCCCGAAAUAACAAUUUCUGGAGAGUGAUUGCUACAUCAGGCUAACCGAAUAAAGUUUUUAAUUCUUCCUACCCUUGUAUUUGAUUACAUGAUCAGUGAUGAAUACUUAACUCUUGAAUGCUACAGUGUGUGGCAUUGAGUCCCAGUCAUGGUUUCCUUUCUUCCCUAUUUCACGUUGAGAUCAGCAGGCACAAACACUGAAUUGUUGUGAAAAAGUAGGCAUCAUAUGACUGAAAAUAUUGAAUUGGAGGCUUGAAAAGAAAUCAGUCACCUUCUGUGCAGAGAGACAGGGUAGCCUGGGUAGCACAAGAGGACAGGGCUCCUGAACCUGUAGUAGCUGUGUAAAGAGAAAUUUCAGCAGGUGCAGCAAAAAUGGAAGUCUGAAAAUCUUCACAACUACAACAUCAGGUUUUCCAUGGUCAGCUUUGGUUAAGGCUGUCGUGGCAAUAGUCUCCCUUGUUUUAGCCGCAUAAGUUUCUGCAACCAUAAUCAGUACAUAGCAGAAUGUGCUCAGAUAAACAGAAGAAAAAUAUAUACAGUGGUACCUCAGGUUAAGUACUUAAUUCAUUCCAGAGGUCCGUACUUAACCUGAAACUGUUCUUAACCUGAAGCACCACUUUAGCUAAUGGGGCCUACUGCUGCUGCCGCGCCCCCGGAGCACGAUUUCUGUUCUCAUCCUGAAGCAAAGUUCUUAACCUGAAGCACUAUUUCUGGGUUAGCGGAGUCUGUAACCUGAAGCCUAUGUAACCUGAAGCAUAUGUAACCUGAGGUACCAGUGUAUUCCUGUGCUCUUUUAUCGUACUGCAUAUGUUGACUAACCUUAACUCAUGUAUAUCUGUGACAUUAUAAGGAUUACAUAAAUUCCUUUCUAAUAUGAAAAUGUCAGGAAAGAGAUUGUUGCCAGGUUUUGGGGUGCAGACAUAUCUUCUAAUAAUUUCAAAAACCGGGGGCAAAGAUUCUAUCUAUCCUUUUUUUUAUUAUGGUUUUUAAAGAAAAAGUAUUUUUGAAUUUUGAAGAUUUAUAACAAGUCAGUCUAGCAUAUUUGAAGACAGGUUUUCAAAAGAUUAAUUUAUUAAAAGUGACUUGUCCAAGAUAUUGACCAUGACCUCAAAAGGCUGAUGGUAUGAUAACUCCAUGAACAGUACGGGAUUUUCUUGACUAUUCUUGCCACAGUGAUUCUGACCCCUGGUAAGGCUAGUUGUUAAUGAGUUCAAAAGCAGUUACCGGUAGUUCUCAAACGUUUUGGCUCCCGAAUGCCGCAAACCCGGAAGUGACUGUUCCUGUUUGCAAACUAUUUUUGAAAGCCGAACAUCUGACAGGCCUUCUGUGGCUUCUGAUUGGCGGCAGGAGCUUCCUGCCGCCAAUCAGAAGCCGCGCUUUGGUUUCUGAACGUUUUGGAAGUCAAACGGACUUCCGGAACGCCAAGGUACGACUUUACUAUACUAUAAUAUACUAUCUAAAAUCUUGAUUUAGUGACAUGUUUGUGGUAUAUCUGUGCCACAAAGGGAUAGAAAUGAUUGUUCUCUUGCUGUUUCAUGCUUUCCUGGGGCACUUUUCAAAAAGUCUUCAUUUCAGCAAGUGAAAUCGGAGCAUUUGAUUGCAAAUGUUUCUCAGAAAAAAACCUUUUCACUUCAUAGCAAAACCCUUUAUAUGAUGCCCAGAGAUGCAAAGCAUUCCAGUGUGACCUUACCAAAGAUGACAUUUUGGAAAAUGUGCCGUCAGAUUCCGUGGAUGUUGUGACCUUAAUAUUUGUGCUGUCUGCCGUUCAUCCUGAGAAGAUGCAUCUGGUUUUGCACAAUCUUUAUAAAGUAAGCAAGCUUGCAUUUUAAUCAAUCUACCAUAAAAUCAUCAAACAUGUCUGCUCCAAAAAGUCGCCACAUGUUUGCACGCUGUGGCCCCCUUCCUCCAAAAUACAUUGGUGCCCAAGUGAGCUAAUGAGAAAUACGGACAUGGGGUAGCUUUGUCAGGGCUGUGUGUACCUUCACUAAAAGGUAAAAAAAUGGAAAUCUAGGCAGUUCAAAAGCCCUAUUUUGUUUAAUUUCAGCUAUGCUAGUCGCUGAGGAAAGGCAACAAGAUAUGCAGGGCACCAAAUGUCUUGUGUAUCACUGGGGUCCAAUCCCACUUCUAUAAUCCUUUACAGUGGUACCUUGAUACUCGAAUGGCUUGGCUUCUGAACGCCGCAAACCUGGAUGUAAUUGUUCCUGUUUGUGAAUGUUUUGCAGAAGCCGAACGUCCAACGUGGUUUUCGCUUGAGUGCAGGAAGAUCCUGCAGCCAAUCGGAAGCCGCACCUUCGUUUUCGAGCGGUUUUGGGAGUUGAAGAGACUCCCGGAAAGGAUUAAGUUUGAGAACCAAGGUACCACUGUACUUGGAUAAACCCAGUUUCUUUUUUCUAAAAAAAAGUUUAGGGGUACUCUCAUUUUGACACAAGAAAACCACCAUUUUGUAAUUCAAAUCAAGGAAAAUAAAUACAGUAAAUGAACAAAAGUACAAAGACUCACAAAAUGUUUAGGGGCAUGCAUACCCUUGCGUCCUCCCAGAAAAAAAGCACUGGAUAAAACUAUGAUUGGAGCAUUCAGAGAAAAGUUUUUCCCAAGUACCUUGUAAUAGUAGGAAUAAAAUGACCAGUGCGUUUGAUGUGCUGUAAAAAGAUAUCUGAAACAGCUGAGCCUCAUGACACACAAUAUUCCAUUUUUAGAUGUAGCGCCAUGUUUCUGUUUUAUAAUGUCAAUUUAAUUUUUUGUUACUUAUUUGUCAGGUCUUAAAACCAGGCAAAUGUGUGCUGUUCAGAGAUUAUGGCCUCUAUGAUCAUGCUAUGCUACGGUUUAAGUCUUCUAACAAGCUUGGAGAAAACUUCUAUGUCAGACAGGAUGGAACCAGGUCAUACUUUUUCACAGAUGGUGAGUCUUUCGGCUUUGUUUACACUUUGCUUCCCAGAACUGUUGCAUUUUUAUCCCAGUUACUUUAUGAAUCGCUUCCGGUGAAACAUCUCAAAGCGAUUAACAAUAAAAAUGUAAUCAAAACAAAUACAAAAAUCAUUAAAAAAUUGAAUACAAACUGGGUUUAAAAUCUCCACUUGUAUGGUCUUGUGGCAUUCCCUUAAGUAUAAAUUAUGGGAUUCAGUAGUCAUUUCACAUUGGUACUGUGCAUGGGGCUUUAUUGUGCUUCUCUAAUUACUUUUCACUAUUCCUAAAUUCUCUUGAGUCUUUUCCCCCCCAUUUUACAUCAAACAAUAAAAUAAUUUUUCAUCAAAUUUCAGUACCCCAUUUCGACCUCCCUCCCUUUCUGCAGUUACUUAUCUUUAUAUGUAAUACAUUUGUAGCAUCUCCAAGUUAAACCUAGUUAUUAUUUGUCCAGAACAAUCAAAAUUAGUUUUAUAUCACUGCACGUCUUUACAUUAAUCCUGCUAAUGAUUUGAUCUGUUUACAAUCAUUUUUAAAAUAUCCAAUAUACGAUUUCCAUUCCAAAUUAAAAACUCUUUCAUCUUGAUUUCUUAUUCUUCCGGUAAGUUUACCAUUUCUGCAAAUUCCAACAGUUUUUACUGCCAUUCUUCUUUAGUCUCAGGACACUAUCUUCUUUCCAUCUUUGGGAUAAAAUCAUUUGGGCUGCCAUUGUCGCAUACAUAAAAAAGUUUUUAUAUUGUUUGGGUAUCUCUAGUCCUACUAUUCCUAAAAGAAAAGCCUCUGGUUUCUUAAAAAAGGUUAUCUUAAACAUUUUUUUCAACUCAUUGUAUAUCAUUUCCCAGUAGGCUUUUAGCUUCUUACAGGUCCACUGCAUAUGAAAAAGGUACCUUCUUUUUCUUUACACUUCCAGCAUACAUUCAAUUCAGAUUUAUACAUUUUUGCUAAUCUGUUAGGUGUCGGGUACCAUCAAGUUCUCUGAGUCUUGGUGAUGUGAGUUAGAGGAGAGCGUUGCAGCAAAACCCCACCAGAGCAAAAUAGUAACCUUCAAACUAUACACAGAUACUGGGGUUCCAGCGAUGCAGAUAUAAUGAGGUACACGACCAAAUAAAUAUUGUAGAACUGCUGCUUAUGCAUAAAAGGCCUUAAAUCUAGAUCUGAUUGAUGAUAAGGUAUCCUUACAAUUUUGGGGAGGCCACUUACCAAAUAUGGAUUACAGUUUUGUCCGCUUUAAAGUUCAACCAGUCAAGUAGGAAAGAACAACAAACUUAAUCACGACAAUUGUGAUUUCUUCAGCAAAUGAAGUCUAGGGGCUGAUGCUUGAGAACUACCCUAAUGCUCUUUCUUUUGACUUUUGAAGUCUUAGUUGCCUGCUGCAAAACCUUCUCGUUACCUGGGGCUUCUAAUUCUAUUAAAAUGCAAAGGCUCUGGGCAGGGCUGGGCUGAAAAGAGGAGCCUGCGUAGUUACACACUGCCAUCUCACGUUCGCGCUUCCACCUACGCUGGAUGACUGCUCUAUCUUUCUUCUCUUCAGAUUUCUUGGCUGAACUUUUCCUAUCCGUGGGGUAUGAGCAGGUGGUCAAUGAAUACGUGCUGCGAGAGACGGUGAACAAGAAGGAAGGCCUGUCCGUGCCGAGGGUUUUUCUCCAAAGCAAAUUUCGGAAGCCUCAAAGGGAGACGUGAUUUUUGCUCACGGGCACCUGGACUAUUUUAAGUUGGCAUUUGGAUGUUUCACAGAAGUGGCCUCCCUUUGGUGUUAUACCAGGGUGAUUGACUCUGUUCUUGCCAAAGCUGCUGUCCUGUUUUCUUCGCUGCAGGUGAAUGGCCCGCGGAAUAAAGGAACCGAUGUGAGCAGCCAGUACGUCUUGCCAUGACUCAGGUUCUCCAUCGUAAAGCAAAUACAUUUAUUUUUUAAAUCUUGGCAUUAGAUGGCGCUAUACAGCAAGUUUCUGUAUCAUCAGUCCACGCAUCCUCUUGAACAAUUAGAAUUGCCUUUCCCCCUGUAAACUGUGCCACUUAAAAAGAAUAAGAAAUAAGAGGUGGAGGGGAAAGGGUAACGUUCCUGAGCACCACCUGCAGGAGAGCAAGUCAAAACUCCCCUAAAUUGUGUCUCUGCUUGUGAUUGUUCCCUUGCUCAGGCUGAUUAAAUGUGUCUGUUGCUUCCAGCUUACAACACCCUGAAGCAGUUUAGUGAGGAAGUCCUGUUUUUAGAUGGGAAAUCUGACGUUUCAUUUUGUAAUGUUAAAGGAACCCUGACCAUUAGGUCCAGUCGUGACCGACUCUGGGGUUGCACGCUCAUCUCGCUCUAUAGGCCGAGGGAGCCGGCGUUUGUCCGCAGACAGCUUCCAGGUCAUGUGGCCGGCAUGACUAAGCCGCUUCUGGUGAACCAGAGCAGCACACGGAAACGCCGUUUACCUUCCCGCCGGAGCGGUCCCUAUUUAUCUUCUUGCACAUGACGUGCUUUCGAACUGCUAGGUUGGCAGGAGCAGGGACCGAGCAACGGGAGCUCACCCUGUCACGGGGAUUCGAACCGCCGACCUUCUGAUCGGCAAGUCCUAGGCUCUGUGGUUUAACCCACAGCGCCACCCGCGUCCCUUUUUUUGUAAUGUUAGCUUCUGGGAAAUUAUUACCAUAGAGUUUGUGUAAAGUGACGCAAGCAGCAUGAUUGAAUGGACAGUGAGCGUGCACACGAGAAGUCUAGCCUCUCUCUGAUGUACUAGCUUUGUAACAGGUAACGGGAAGCAUUAAAUUGUGCUUCCGCCAAAGUGGUGCUGUCCCGGAAGAACUGCGUCAGAACUGUGGUUUCAGGGGAGCUGUAGGUCAGUUCUUAUUUGACAGAUUGGACAGGCUGUUGCCCCCAUGUACUCACUCGACCUUUGGGGCCAAUUGAGGUUCUGCCCUGAAUAAAGCCUAUACAGCUUGUUUACUUUCAGCACAAGAAGGUCCCAGAGGAAAGGAUUCCUGCCUUUUUAGAAAAGGAACGUAUCUCUUGUUCCCAGUUGUGUGCUGCAGCACUGAAAUGGGACCACAGAAAAGCACUUUGGAAACAUCCUUGGCUGUGUGUACUUCAUGGUAAAAACCAUUAAAACUCAGCACAGAUGUGCCUAUUUCCAUUAUCCAUUUAAAUCUUGCAAAUAUGGGUCCAGAGCAACAGGUAGUUUGCCAGGUGGGCUGGCAGCACUUUCUAGUUCUCCAUAACAACAGCACUAGCACAUGAUGCUCUUGUCUUUUAUAUGCAGGAUAGGAUGACGCAGGGCCUAGGCCCUAGGAGAUGCUGGCAUGAAGGCCUAUGAGAAACCCACCUAGCCUUACGCAUGGACCAGCGUACAAAUGACAAACUACUGCCGUUUCCUGUAAUCCUGCCUUUCUUGCGACCUUUAAGGGUUCUGUUUGUUUUUAAUAGUGCCAGCAGACUAUUAAAGCCCAAACCAGAAAGAUCAAAUUGCACUGAUUCUGGGCAAAGACUUUUAUAAACACAUUAAACCUUUUAAAAAUAAUAACAGCAUGGAAUAUGCUUCGCAGAAAGUCUGUAGGCAAAAAGAGAGAGGCAAGCACUGCUCCUUCUUCAGUAAUUCUAUGAUGAGACUUAUAUUUGACCUUUAAUGGGAUGGAGAAAGGUCUGCAGUUCUGUCCUCAGCAGGUCUCAAGGUCUGUAUUGGGGUAAAUUACUGUAUUUUUCGCUCUAUAGGAUGCACUGGACCAUAGGACGCACCGGACCAUAGGAGGGGGAG